CCCCCCUGGCUCGGCGCCAGUCCCGCCUCCCCGCUCCUGGCCAGUGUCCCACUGGCCGCCUCGCAGCCCGGUGUAUGUGCGGUAACAACAUGUCGGCGCCGCUCCCCGCCAUCGUCCCGGCCGCCAGGAAGGCAACAGCUGCUGUCAUUUUUCUUCAUGGAUUGGGAGAUACCGGGCAUGGAUGGUCAGAAGCGCUUGCAGGUAUCAAAAGCCCCCAUGUAAAAUACAUUUGCCCACAUGCGCCAGUUAUGCCAGUUUCUUUGAACAUGAACAUGGCUAUGCCAUCAUGGUUUGAUAUCAUUGGACUUUCUCCAGAUUCACGGGAAGAUGAAGCUGGGAUCAAGCAGGCAGCAGAGAAUGUUAAAGCACUGAUAGAUCAAGAAGUAAAAAAUGGAAUUCCUUCUAAUCGAAUUAUUCUAGGAGGCUUUUCUCAGGGAGGUGCUUUAUCAUUGUAUACAGCUCUUACCACACACCAGAAAUUAGCAGGUGUUGUAGCCCUCAGCUGUUGGCUUCCUCUACAGGCUUCUUUUCCUCAGGGCUCUAUCAGUGGUGUCAACAAGGAUAUUGCUGUUCUUCAGUGCCAUGGAGACUGUGACCCAUUGGUUCCUUUAAUGUUUGGUUCUCUCACUGUUGAGAAGCUGAAGAGUAUGAUAAAUCCUGCCAACAUAACCUUCAGGACUUACUCGGGCAUGAUGCAUAGCUCAUGUAUUGAGGAGAUGAUGGAUGUAAAGCAGUUCAUAGACAAACAUCUACCUCCCAUAGACUGAAAUAAUACGUGAGAAGCCUUCUGUAUAAAUACACCAGCAUCAACUGUGGUAGAGUGUUAAUCUUUUCAUAUGUCUGAUAGGAAGCAUUACUUCUAUACCUGCAGUGUUACUACUGUGUUGCAAAUUUAUACUUAGGAUGAGGAUUAAAUAAUGUACAAGAAAUGGUUAUCUUUUUGGUAUUAAUCAUCCACUGGUGGGACUAUAUGAAUGAGGCAGCUAGAUAACAAUGACAGAAUAUAACCUAACAUACUGGUUUAAAACA